AUGGUCAAUCAGCUUUGGCAGAAACUGAAGGUUGUGAACGGCAUGCGCAGCCGUUCAAAAGGAGGAUGUGAAUACGCGCCGCUGUGUGUUCUGGACAGUGUGCUCCUAGCAGACAACUGUCGCUCGCUUGAUUCCGAGAUAGACCUUCUACGUGAAGUGGCGACACACACUGCGUAUAAAGCCAGAGCAACCUUACGCAUGCUUUGUCUGGAAAUGCCAUCUGAAGACGUCGCACGGUCACGCGUGCGUUCACUCCUCACCGACAUGGGUGUUGAGAGUGGGCUAUGGAGCAUGCCAUCGCUCAAGGAUGAUGGCAGUGUUGUGUUCCCUGAAUCCUUACCUUUGGGAGACAUCGACCACAUGCUUCAUCAUGUAAUGGAGGAUGCGGAAGCCGCUUUUGCCAUUGACAAUCCUUACUGGACAGCGUGGGACAACCAAAUAAAAGGGUUAUCAAAGUUCUUUUCCAAGAGAGAUUGCUGCGAUCGAUAUAUUCAGAAGCAGGUAUUGGAGAACAACAAACUAUCUCAACACAGCAAGCGUGUAAUUGCAAGGCUUUUUGACAUGACCUGCCCUACACAUUGUCGAACACGGUGGCACUAUGCUUUUGAAGUCAUGCGGUGGGUAGCCGGAAGAGAAAAGCUCAUUGAGUACUUGGAGCCUGCUUCAGCAACAAACGCAGAUGACACUUCAACAGCAGAAGCUGCAGCUUUGCAGCAGCUGGGCACAAGUUCCGAACAACGAUUGCGAUUUUGGGCAAUCUUCUGGACAUAUUACUCCCUCCAGAGCUGGGGAUUUGGGGUAUACCUUUACAUGCAUUCAUGCCCGUGCCCGGAACAUCAAAACCAGGAGUCGAAACUGCAGUUGCUUAGGAGGAAGCCGUGCAAGUUGAACGGUCGACAACUUAUCAACCUGUCCAAUGGGAAGUGCUCCUGCUUCCUUUCUGAUCUGAAAGCACUUCGUUUGGAAGCCAAUCAGAAAGCUUCUGACGCAUUGUCACGGCUGGCUCAAGUGGAUGCAGAAUGCGAGAGGAUCAUCAAGCGCAGCUUUGAGACCGCAAAGGGUGCGAUGAUGCUUCGCUUUCAGCAGGGGACAGGCUUUUAUGAAGAGUUUCCUUGGAGUCUCCCAAAGCUCAUGACAUUCAUUCUCGUUGGUGAGGGCGACAGGGAGGCUGCAAUCAAGGAAUCACGUGCGUCAGCAGCUGAGCUGAUCAGACUCUACCGUGCUGGCUCCCUCCAACAAGGCAUAUUUGCGGACAAGUUCUUUGCUGCAGGACUACCUCUGGCUGCUGAAUUGGCUGAGUGGGCAUUUGGCUCCCAUUGUAUGCAAGAUGGAUUGUUUCAUGAACUGCUAUCUUACGCAUUUAGCUUGGUGGCCAUGCAAAGACUGGAGAGCCGUCAUCAUUUGGUCAAUAUGCGUGUGUCGCCAGCCAGAGCAUCAAGUGCAGCAUAUGUGUCAGCCAAUCUUCGAAGAACUUUGAACAAUGAUGUCAAAGAGGAAUCGUUCAGACAAAAGUUUGAACACUACCUUCAGCACUUCGAGGAGUUGGUUCCGGAAACGUGGCAAAGCAAAUGCGAAUUGCACAAGCUCAUCUCUGGCCAUUCAUUGGCACUUAUGUUUCAGGAUGUGUCUGCUGACUGUGCUUUGGUUCAGGCUUAUUCAUUGCCACCUCGGCCCCGUCGCAAUGAUCUGAUCUUGAAGAUGCAUGAACAUGUGCGGGUUGCUUUGGCGCCCGGAAGUUGUUACGCCGUGCCUGUCAGUCAGACCGACACAGGUGCCACAGUCUACAUGAUUGUCAAGUUGGUAGACAAGCGGCCUGAUGCUAAGAAAUACAUGCAACGCUCUCUGCAGUGGAACACAAAAGCUGAUCCUUGGCACGAUUGUGUUGGGGUGAUUGCUCUGGGAACCACAACAGUGGAGCCUGAGUCUGAGUGCGUCCCUUGUCAAGAUGGCAAGGUCGAUCUACUGCCUCUGCCUGCAGACACGGAGGCUGAUGUUGAGAUGGGAAGUGUUGAAGCUGUGCAGGUAGAGACUUUUUUCAAGUACAACUUCGACCAUGUCUACAAAUUCCAAGAGGCUGUUCACACUUGCAAGCUAUCAGAAGACGCAAUCUGUGGACGUAUGGAAGAUGAGGAUGACACAACUGACAUUGGAGGGCUCGACAAUGCCGUCGAAAUUCCAAAGACUAUGACAGCAGAAGGAUAUCGAGAACUUGAACGGUUCUUGGAAGGUACUGGUUGUGCAGAGACUGCAUUUCAAAGCGCAGCACAUCAUUUGGGCUUGGAUACAGUCUUCCGUUAUGCAGCGGAUAUCGAUGGUGAAUGUCGAAAGGUCUUGACCACUUCCUUUGAUAGUGAGUCGUGUGUGUUUGGUGACAUUCUGGAAUUGCUUCCUCAAGAUCUUCGAACAUCUGUUGAUGAGAUGGUAGAAGAGAAGGUGGCAGUCUUGAAGAAUGAGCUAUGUGAGGCUCUGGGUAUGGACUCAGAGAUGAUCAAGGCUAUGCGCAAGCUGCCUUGCGUUGCGGUCUUUGACAAGUUGUUUUCAAAGUCUGGAGUUCUCAAGAAGAAACUAGGAAAUGCACACAAGGGUUGGACACUACAGGGCUACACAGAGGACAAAGGCUUGGAUGCUUAUCGUAAGCGUUUUCCUGGUUUCAAGAUUGCUGACCUCUACCAAUCACCAGAGUCGAGACCUAGGUGUAUGGAUUGCAAGGAAGCAAUUGGCGAUGGCGCUGAGCGGAAGUUUGGAUCACUCUUUAAAUGUUGUGACUGCCACUCUAGCUAUCGCUAUUGCAGGGAUCACAUGGAAGGCUGGAGCAAGAUGUCCCCUGAGGAAUUGGAGCAGUUGGAGAUCAAACGCAAGUGCAUCUUGAUGAAGAACAAGUGGCUGGACAAAAUAAAGGAGCUGGACACAGAGAUCUCAGUCAGCUUGUCCCGCGCGAAGAAGUAUGAUGAAAGUAUUGAGUUGGCAAACUUAUUGAAGUCCAGGUUUGAAAGGCUGUUUGCGAUGGGGCCUGAUGUGCAAUUGUCUUCUAUGACUUCCGACAAAGACUCCAUCAUCGCUGAGUUCGACAAGAGCAGCGCCGUGUCCAAGCUAAGCCCACUUUCUCAUUCCCGGCGCAAGACGCUCUUGGCGCCAACGAAGCAAUCUCUUCAGGACUAUGACAAGACCAUGGUCUCAUCAGAGCAAUCCGUUCGGAAAGCACUUGUUCAACUGGACAAAACCAUCGACACUUUGGAAGCAGCCGAAGAGCAACGCCUUGAGCAAGAGCGAAGGAUGCAAGAACUAAAGCGCAAGAAGCUGAAUGCGAUUGAGGACAAAAUGAAGCAAGCGCGCAGGAAGGGCAAGGAACAGGCAGAAAAAGAUGUUCGUGCUCAUGGUUCUCAUUCUUCAAACGACGAAGACGAACCUGAGGGAUCUGUCGCAAGCAGCAGCAGCAGCAGCAGCAGCGACGAAGAGGACGAUGAGGACAAGAAGGGCGAGGGAAAGAAGGAUAAGGGCAAGAGUGGCAAGAGCAAGGAUGGCAAUGACCAUGACCAUGCAACCGCUGUCGAAUGGAGACUUCUUUCAGAUGCCGAUGCCCUGUCUGAGGCCCUUCUCAGGAUUCCUUUUUCAACUGAGCAUCGAGACUUUCUAGCCAAGCAGCCCUAUCUCAUUCGACUGGGUGGUGGUGAGGAGCUGAACUUGGAUGUCGCUGUGUAUGAUCAGGACUUAAUCCGCUCUGCCCGUAGCAAAGAUGGUGAGCACUACAGCCAAACGAGGUUGCGUUCAUUCUUGCAACAGUCACAUCGCCCCGCGCACUUGGCUGUUUACAUUCGCGAGCUGAUGACUGGGUACAACAAGCUUGAUGAGUUGUUCAUCUACGUUCUGGACGGAAGCCUUUUUUGUGCAUGCAUUCCAUUCUCCUACUUCAAAACCAACAUCGAGAGCAAGGGCUGGACUUUGACUGAUUGCGCGGCUCAUUUGGGGCACAUGAAGCCUCCAGAUCUAGCAGCAGCAAAUGGUCGAAUUGAAUUCCUGCAGACCGGACAGGCUGUUGUGAUCCCUGCGGGCUACAUCAUCUUUCAUGCCUCAAAAGGACUUCUCCCCGAAGCCUUUCUACCUACUCAGAUGAGCAAAGAUUCUUUGAGCGAUGGAUGCUCGCUUUAUGUCUUCACUGGUCUUCCCAUGAACUUGAUGAAUGCGGAGUCUUUUGAGGACCUCCUCCAAACAGUGCAACUUGCAAUUCAUACUUGUGGGGACAAGAAGAUCUGGGCAAUGCGCAAGGAGGGUCUCUCAUUGGGAUUGAAGUUUCUCAAACAGUUGGCGCCGGCUGCCAACGUGAAGACUGAGACUUUAUCUCCAGGCAACAAAUCCAAGGCUGGUGGUUCGGAAGCACCUCAGGACGCAUCCAUGCUACGACCAGAGGAUGUGGCAGACCUUGGAGAGGAGAUCUGGGCGGAGCUGGAGAAGGCUAAAGCCCACCAAUUCUUUCCCGCAUACUUGCAAGAGCUUCUAUCUGAAGUGGAUGAGGACUAUGAAUUUGGACAUGAGGACGGAGAUCCUGCGGCUGACUUGGGGCGAGAUGAUGCUGAUGCCAGACCGGCCUCCCUUGAUGUGCCACCAGAAACUGAAGCCCCUGCACUACCUGCUUCAGGCUGCGCGGCUGCGGGUGAGAUUGCAGCUGCAGCUGAAGCGCCUUCUCAGGCAGAAGAGCGUAAGACUGAAGCUGCAGCUGAAGCACCUUCUCAGGCAGAAGAGCGUGAGCUUGAUCCUCCAGCUCCAGCCGCGCCAGCAGCAGAGUCAGCAGAGCAUGGUAAGCUGAUGUUGGACUACACAGCGCGGCCAAAAAGCAUCAGUGAUAUCCGACGCUUCUUGAAAAAGAAGGGAGCACAAACUCUUGCAGAGGAGCGUGUUCGUGCGCUUCAGCAUCCCAUGUUCAAGAAGUACUCCUCUGCAAUGCUACGUGGAGAGUCUAUGGCUUCUUGGGGUGUCAUUGAUGGUGAGAGUGACACCAAGGCCUUGCAAGAUUUGCGAGGUUUCAUUGUAUGGUUGCAUGACAAGAGUGGUUUGUCCUCAGAUGAACUGCAUGAGACACGUGAACCUGCUCAAGAAACGGAAGCUGACAUUACUUUGGAGUCUUUGGCAGCAAAGACCGCCACGCAGGCAGUCCUUGAUGCUCAAUUCGUUGAGGUUGACCCCAUGUAUGAACACUUGCCGAAUCCUUCCUCAGAUGCAAUGGAUCUUUUGAACGCAGGGCAUGGUGCGAAGCCAACCGCAGCCGCAGCCAAGGAGCAAGAGCAAGUUGCGCUACCAUCUACUCCGCAGGUGGCUAUCCGUCGGCGUCAGACAACCAAGAGCCCCGCCCCGUGUGCUGAGUGA